AUGCACAGUCAGUCGACCCUGGCUGGAAAGCCAGGCGACGAAGCGCGGAAAGAAGAAGGUGCGGAGACGAGUGGCCAAAGUGCCCUCACUGCCUUCUGCGCCGGUCGCACAGACGGCACCGCCUUCGCCUUCGCCGCCGCCCGCGCCGCCCGUGCCGGCCGCCCGGCCUCGUUGAACGUUCGCACCGACGCAGACUUUGAUGCCAUUUUGCAGUGCUCGAGCGCUGUUAGACAAGCCUCAGAGACCGCGGCAAUCAUGGGAUUCGGAGGCAAUGGCAAAGGCUGGGGGGGAUGGGGCUGGGCACCGCCGAUGAUGUGGUUCAAGGGCUUCGGCAAGGGCAAGGGCUUUGGUCGUCGUCGCGGCCCUCGGAUUGAGCCUGAGAUGAAGAUCUGGAUUGGCAACCUCCCCGAGGAUGCGACCUGGAAGGAUCUGCAGACCCUGGGAAACACCGCGGGCGCCACCCGCUGGGUUGAGGUCUUCCGUGGCAAAGGCAAGGGCACGGGUAUGAUUGCCUACAAGACGGCAGAGGAGGUGGCUGUCGCGAUGCAAUCUCUGCCCGGCCAAACGAUCAAUGGCCAACCGAUCCAGGUCGAUUCUUGGCAGAAGGCCCCACCUGCUCCGCCGGCGUUCGGCCUGUACUUUACUGAGUGCCACUUCGGCUGUGCAUCGGGACGAGAUGGUCCACUGCCACCUGGGCCUGUAGCUCCGAGUGCACAGAAACCGGAGAGGGCACGCCGACGUCGCCGAUCUGCUCCCACUGAUAGCCAGGAGGUGGCGUCGCGGCGAGUUGCUCCGCCCACACGGCGCACGGCAGCCAAGUCUGCCCCGGCACCGCCAUCCGGCUUGGCUCCGACGAAAGACGUUCUGACCGUGGAGCUGACUGAAUCGGCCUCAGCCAUGAAGCGGCAGUGGGAGAUGCCCGCCGCGCAAGAGAGCAAGGCGAGUCGAUUUCCCCCCAACUUCGUGCCUCGAAAGAUGUGCACUUACAUGCAGAACAGCGGCUUCUGCCAGAAGGGGGACGCCUGCACCUUUGCCCACUCUCCGCAAGAGCUGGCCCCUGGCCCAGGGUCUCAAACGGCGAGCAAGGCGACUGAACUUGAGGAUCUGCAAGAGAUCGAUGACUUGCUGGCCGGAGAAGAGCUUGGAGUGCGGGUUCCCACAGAGCCGCAGCUCAUGUAUCGAGAACCAGCGCAGGAACUUCUUGGGCCAGGCUCUUUGGACGCACCUCGAAUGUUCCAUGGUGAUAUUCGCCCAACGGCGCUGUGCAAGAUGUGGAUCCAGCACCCCACCUACUGCGCCCAUGGUGAUGGAUGUACUUUUGCGCAUGGUCUGGCGGAGAUGUCGGCAGACGUGCAGGCGAGCCUCGAGAGGAUUGCGUUCACAGGCUUGCUCGGAACGAAGGCCGCUGUGGGUGAUCCCGGCAAGGGCAAGGGUGGCAAGGGCAAGGCCCAGGCCGUGGCACUCUACAACAGCGCAGCCAACACGGCCAAAGGCGGACAUAGUGGACCCACCACAAGCAAUGGCUACAGCGGACACGGUCAUGCUCAGACAUCUACUGCCUCAGCGUCGCGGUUCGAGGACUCGAACUUCAAGCCCAACAAAAUAUGCAGUUUUUGGUUGAAGGACCCGAGUUUAUGCCUGAAGGGGGACGCCUGCAGCUUCGCUCACGGAGUACUGGAGCUGCACCCAAAUUCUGUUGAGACCUGUGGGGUCAGUCGAUUCCUGCACUCCGGCUUCAAGCCCCGCGUCAUGUGCAAAAAUAUCUACGCGGGAAAUGGCUGCUUAAAAGGCUUGUGGUGCACUUUCGCCCAUAGCCCAGACGAGAUGCUGUGA